AUGUUCCGUCGCAUAGUUUCUCUGGGCCGGAAGGCCGGUGAAGAAAGGCAGAUAGUAGCUAUGUCACCGUCACCCGGAGAUGAUGCCUCGUCACCUCACGAUUCCAAGAAUACUAGCGGACUCGCUAGUGUCUUCAAAGGCCUUGCCGGUGCUGCUAAGUUGACUAAAUCCCCUCCAGCUCCUGUACAAUCGUCCGGUACCUCCAUCAAUGCCCAGAUCGCCGAACGCCUUAAUACUACGCCGAGUAUCCUCCGUGGCCUACCAUCACAGCACAGCGAAGCCUUCGAGUUAUUAAAGAAUGGGUCGAUGAAUGAGAGAGUUAGUGCCGCUAAUGCGUUGCGGCAUACCGUGGCAGACUAUCCCCUUAAUCCCGUCUUGGACAUUUGGUAUGCAGCGAAAGAUUUAGUCGAUCCGACGAAUCCAAAGGCGACCCGACUUGCUGGCUGGGAACUCUUGAAGGAAUGCGUAAAACAUGCCUCUUCGACCGAUCUUGAGCGUAAUGAGUACUUCCAGACGAUAUCUGCUGAGGCCAAUCCGGAAGACUUCUAUUUACAACUUGCUGCCCUAGUCGAUUUGACGAACCAUGCUCGGAAUCUAUCCGGCUUCGACUACGAUGUCUUCCCGCUUCUAUCUAAAUGGCUUGAAGAAGCAUUUGACGCAGUUCGGACUGCACGAGGCGCCGCGAAAAAGCAAGGGUCGCGGAUGAAAGGGAAAAGUCUGGUUACCGGGGAAGAUAGGAAUUUUGCGGAUCUCUUCAGCUUCAUUAACGACGUAAUUAAAUUCAAUUUUAACGUCGCCGACGACGAUGCCGCCGAAGUUCUGAUCGACAAGUUGCUGGAUAUCUGCAUGAAUACUAGCGUUGAAGAGGAUCUACAAGCAUGUAUCGGCGUUAUGGAUGCUAUAGUAACAUUCGGGGCGAUUCCAGGAGAUAAGUUGAAGAGCUGCGUUCAUGUUCUUUGCUCUAUCCACUGUCUCGUUCCUAGUCUCCAGAAGGAUGCGUGGCAUACUAUUAGCAUUCUCUGUCGGUCACACAAUGGACAUACUACUGUAAGGUUACUUCUGGAUGUUCUAACAAGUCUUCCGGCAAAUGCGGAUAAGAAGAAGGAGGUCGUCAGAGAAGUCAGGGGUGCCUUAUCGGUGCUCACCAAGCUUGUGUCGAAGAGUUCCGAGAAAGGAUAUCCUGCUGUUCCCUAUGCCCUUCUAGUCGAUGGCCUAUCCACAGUGGUCAAGGCUACGUCCGCUUGGAAAAUACAUCUCGAUAUAUUGCGGUUAACAAACGCAUUGUUCUGCGACAGCCAAGGCAAUAUUAAUAACAUGAUGGUUGAUGAAGACUGGACACCUGUCUUCGAUGUUGUAGUCACGUGUGCUGGAGCGGUUACCACAUCACUGGCCAAAACCGAGGAUUCUAUUCAUUCGCUCUUGGGCCCAGAAGAGGCCGAUUCUGCCGAGAGCAUGCUAGCUCGGGAAUUGGUUAAGCUCAUACGUCGAAUCGAGAACAUACUGUCGGAUGAGCCUAGUGCUAUUGUUACGCUGAAACAAGAGGGCGUAUCUCCGGACCAAGCGGACGUCGGCGGUUUAAAGCCAGAGAAUGUGCAGACGGAACAACCUAAUCCUCUCGUUCAAAGACAAGAUUGUAUCGUGUUCUUUACUAAGAUACACCAUGCUCUUCCCGACUCCGCAGCAACACUGGUCCUCGAAUAUUUCAAGAAGUUCCGAUGUUGCUCCCCAUCAGAUCCUUUCUGGGAGACUAACUUGAGCCUGGUAUUGGAUGCGUUUCUAGCAGACAGGAAACGAUCAACUGACGUUCGCCUGCGGGCAUUGCAAGCCUUUACGGAAGUUUACGACAUGAUUGAACUUCUCAAUGAUCAGUUUGAGCCCGAUUUCAUACCAGAGUUGAUUGAGCGCUUGUUGGCGGAUGUUGCGGGUGAGACAGAUAUCGUAUUAUUACAGGAGGUGGUGUCGUUCGCUGCUUCUGUUGCCAGCAUCGCGAACCACACUCUUUUCUGUUACAUCGUCGAUACGCUCCGGGGAAUCAUAUGGAAUAACAGACCGCGUUCCCCUAUGUCUUCCUCGCUUUCUCUUACUCCAGAGCCGCCGUUGACGCCUCACCAAUUAAAGUCGGUUACCGCUCAAACGCCAUCCAAUGUAGUUACGCGGGGAUACGUGCAGAUGUUUCUACGUGUACUCAACUACGAUGCCACUAAAUCAAUACGUCUAUUCAGCGUCUUGGUAUCCAUAGCCGAGUCAAAUCUCAGCGAGACAGAUGCUCGUAUCACUGCGAUGCAACUACUAAUUCGAUUAAGAGCUGACUGGGCUAAUCGUAUAUUCGUUACUUCUCAUACUGAAUCAACAAACCUUGCCACCUCUUUAUGCCGAACCGAAGAAUCAAUGGCGCGUAAGUUUGCUGAAGAAACAUCAUAUGCUGCUCGAAUCUCAAGGGCCGAGACUGCUGGAUCUGCACGGUCGUCUCGUGGUAUAUCCCUUGGACAGGGUCAGAUGCAAGAUAGAGGUUAUCCAUUCAGGUCAGCUAGUGGCAGCAAGUUGGCUGCGAAUGCAUAUCAGCAGCUAUGGGUUGCUUCUGAUGCAGAUGCAUUGCCAGAGGCUCCAUCUCGGGCUGCAAGCACGGUACUUUACUGUAGCGAUUUUAACGAAUCUACCGAAGCUGAUGAUUCGGCACAAACUACAACCCUUCGAACCGGGUUAUGGCUUGAAACCAUCUUGACUCUGCUGAGACAAGGUUGUGACUGGGAAGUUUAUAGCUUUAUCCUAGUUCACCUACCAUCCCAGUUGAGCAAUCAUGCUAUUUUCCGGGAUGCUGUUCCCCAGCUCCGGGAGUUAAGACGAACCAUCUGUGAACAGAUUAAAACCAACGGCUUCCAGGAGCCACCAAAUGUCUAUGGGCUACGCAAAGCCGAUGUUGCCAUUUGUUUAUUCCACACGUUGACCAUGAUUCUCAGCUAUCAUCAAUACUUUCAGAAGGCAGAGGAAGACGAAAUCGUUCGGGCGUUUGUACACGGCAUAGCAACAUGGGAACGAAGUGCAAAAUGUUGUAUACAUGCGCUUACGAUAUGCUGCCACGAACUCCCAUCGUCAACCGGCAAGGCUUUAGUCACAAUUCUGCAGAAGAUGGCGCAAAUUAUCACUCAGCCUCACGUCGCAAUGCAUAUUCUGGAAUUCUUAGCUUGCCUCAGCAGAUUGCCUUCCCUGUAUGCCAAUUUCCGAGAGGACGAAUAUCGGAUUGUCUUCGGAAUUUGUUUUCGAUACCUACAAUACGUACGAGGAAGGAAACAAGCGCAUCGAAUGAGUUCGAUCAGCGACACAUCAGCUCCUGCGAUAAGCGAAUAUCUUCCCAACCCGAAUACGUCAGACGAUCUGCCUCAAUAUGUGUACACGCUAGCAUACCACGUCAUUGUAUUCUGGUUUCUGGCGCUGAAGCUUCCAGAUCGCGCAAAUCACGUUGGCUGGAUUGCGAAGAAUUUGUUUACAGAUGUUGAUGGACCUCAGGUUUCGGACGAGCAAGCCCAGCUCACAAUGGAUUUCAUGCAAAAGGUUGCAUACGCUGAUGUUGACGAGUCCGCAGCGGACCCUUUGUUUACGGCGGACAGAUUUGGGGAAAUACUUAAGAAGAGAUGGUUGAUUGGAAAUAGCAUCGUUACAAUCGAGCAGGCCACUGCAACUGGUUGGGCUCAGAUUACGAAACGACAACCGUCUGGAACCUCGUCCUAUACAAUUAGAGAGCUAUUCAGGCCACCCCCAGCACACCAGCGUCCCAUGAAUGAAAGUGCGAGAGACGGCUAUACAGCGCCUUCGAACAGCGUUCUGCCGAAUCAUCUACUAGUGCAGCUCUUGUCCUCCAUGCCCCAAGGAAGCGACCUUUCACGUCCCAUUCCGCUACCCGACGACGAGGUAGUGAACAGGGCUAUCAGAAUGUUCGACCAUAAUUCGACAGUGGAUGGCCAUAAAGUUGGCGUAAUAUACAUCGGGGAAAACCAAACCACCGAAUCCGAGAUUCUAGCCAACAUAACCGGGAGCAAGGACUAUCUAGAAUUUCUAAAUGGCCUCGGUACGUUGACUAAACUUAACGGUGCCACGUUUAAUACCCAAGGCUUGGAUCGGCAGUACGACUCGGAUGGGAAAUAUACAUUCUGCUGGAGAGAUAGGGUGACGGAAAUCGUGUUCCACGUCACUACGCAAAUGCCAACCAAUCUGGAGCAUGAUCCUCAGUGUACCCUCAAGAAGCGUCAUAUCGGGAAUGACUUUGUUAAUAUCAUUUUCAAUGACUCUGGUUUCCCCUUCAAGUUUGACACGUUCCCAUCCGAAUUCAACUUCGUCAACAUUGUGAUCACUCCGGAGUCACGUGCUUCGUUCGUCGCUACUAGGCAGAGGACACCGAAAGACGUUGAAGAGUCGUUCUACAAAGUUCGUUUGAUGAGCAAGCCUGGCUUCCCUGAGAUAUCGCCAGCUUCCGAGACUAAGAUCGUAAGCCUGAGGGCUCUACCCGACUUCAUCCGGCUUCUAGCGCUGAAUGCGUCGGUAUUUUCACUGGUCUGGGCCCAUCGGGAAGGCGGCGAGCACAUCUCGCCAUGGCGUAACAGAUUACGAGAAAUCAAGAGACUUCGAGAAAAAUAUGGUCCGAAGGUGGCGCCUCAGGGGCCCUCGCCCUCCCCACCAGGAACCGCUCUAGGGUACGGGCCUCCUCCCGCUAUAAAUGCUGCAGCACAAUUAGAGGCAGCUAGGUCAGGUAACACGGUUCGAGAUAGCUUCAGUAGCCUUCGACGGUCAUCAGUUGCCACGUUCUUCUCCGCUUCUAGUGAGCAGAACUCUCACCGCUCAUCCAUGCUUUCUACCGCAACGACAGAUAAUACGGAGGUCAUGACGGUUAAUGGGCUAGACGCACUAGUCGAUAGCGUAGACUUCUCUAAAUGGUCAGCGUAA